AUGACAUUAAAGUUAAAUAAGCAAGAUUGGUUUAAGGUUGCUAUUGAACAAGAGUAUAUUAAAUUGUUCGAUUAUAGUUCUUUUGCAAACCCUAGAAUAAUUGGUAAAGGAGGAUUUGGCAGUAUAUAUAUUGCUCAUUCAAAGCACUCAGGCAAUUUUGUAGCUUUAAAAUGUUUACACAAUAAUAUUAGUGAUAAUGAUGACACGAUUAAUGCAUUCAUUAGAGAGGUUAAAACAAUUUCUAAGGUUAAUUUUCAUGAUAAUAUAGUAAGAUUGUUUGGAAUUACUCAAG